UCCACCGAAAAGGUACUCAGUCAUCAUCAUCAUCAUGGAAGCCGUCGAGUUGGCAGUACAAAGUACACACACACGGAACAACUAACCCACCAAGCCACGCUCACAGAUACCCUCAGACGUGUCGUCCUUCUUCUUAGAAAUCUUCUUCUGGAUCUGAGAUGUCAGUGUAGAAGACCAGCGGUGUCAGCAUGUCGUGGUUACAGGGCAGCGUGUCGUCUCUGACGGGACAGCUGAGCACUUUCACACGGGAGCUUCUGACCGAGGGCACAGAAGAAGUCUCGGACGUUGACACAGAACUACGUCUAGCCAAGUCAAAAAUCCAGAAUUUGGAAGCUGCUGUGCUGACACAGUCUGCAGAGUGUGAUCGACUUAAGCAGGUCAAUGCGGAGCUGGAAGAAAAGGCAGAGGCAGCUGAGCUGCAGGUCAAGCACAUCUCCACAGAGUACCGGGCACGUCUGGAGGAGAAGGAGGCUGAAAUCAAUGAAUUGCGGCAGUUGCAGCUGAGUUCACAGAGUGCACACAGCCAUGUGCUGACAUCAGACACCCUCCACACCAUCCCCCACUCCUACAGCGACAGUAACCUCCACACAGGAGAUGACCUGGACUUCCAUGAUGUCAUCUCCUCACAGAUGGAGAUCAACCGUCUGUCUAAUGACCUGGCUCGUCUGCGAGCAGAGUGCCAGCACUGGAAGAACAUGGCAUCCAAACAGGAACAUGCAGAUCACACCACGACACCUGAACAGGUGUCCCAGCUGCACAGGGACCUGGAGGAUGUGUCCCACCAGGUGCACAUGUUGAACAAACAACUGGAAGCUGUGCAGGCGGAAAAAUCCAGCCUGUCCCUCCAGAUGACUGAGCUGGCCAAGUCCAAGGCUGGACUGGCAGAGGACCUGACCAGAGCAGGGGAGGAGAGACAGCAGCUUGAGGCAGAGUUGAUUGGGUCACAGUCAGACUGUAGUAGGCUGGAGAAAGAGCUGGAUGUGUACAGGAGGGAAAAGGCUGAACUGCAAGAACUCGUCACAAGCCUGCAAUCUGAACAAGACAAGCUCCUCCAUGAGAACAAACAGGUCAGCCAUGCCUUGAAUGCCACUAAAGAAAGACUUUGGGAGGAGUUGGAAUCCCAUCAUGCCUCCACCAGCACCAUGCUGCAGGACCUGCAGGAUGUCAGGGAGAGAUUCAGGCAGGAGUCAGGCGACAGACUGGCCACACUGGCAGAGAAGAGGUGUGACAUUGCUAAUGAAAUGGCCGACAUCGGGGAACAGAUAUCAGAAAGCAGGAGUGUGGUUGCAGCACUGGAGGCAGAUUCUGACGAGGUUCACCGUCAGACAGUGGAGAUGAUGGAACAGAUGGGCAGUCCACAGCACAGGGAGAUCACACAAAGGAUUGUGGACUCUCUGGAGGAGGAGAACAGACUGCUACACACACACAACCAGCAGCUACUGGCACAGGUGGAAGAGCUGGAACAUUCUGUCUCCUCUCUUGUCAGUGAGAGAGAGCAAGAUGAAGACAUCAUCAUGACUCUUAAUCAAGAGAUCAACACAUUAAAAGGAAACCCAGUUGGUGACAUGACCCUGUUGAACCAGCUGAGAAGGUCUGACUCUGAGCAGACCCUGGGAGCUUCAGCAGACAGCGACACAGAAAGUGCUGUGGAGAAGAACACAUCCCAGGCACAGGGCACAUCAGCCCUGGGGCACAUCCUUAGAGUACAGGACAACACCAAGCACAAACUUAGCCCCUUCUCCAAGAUGCCAAAUGACGACACAGAGUAUGACGGGUCAGUCAGCUCACACAUGUCCUCUGAGAGUGACCUGCGCAGUUCAGACCUCAGUGAUGCUGUAUCUAUCCUACAGAACCAAGUACAAGAGUAUGAGCGUGAGAUCGAGCACUUUGAGAUGGUGAAGUCUGACUGGCAGAAUGAGAAGGAUGCUUUGGAGUCUGUUCUGGUGAAACUGCGAGACCAGCUGAAGGAGAAGGAGUACAACCUGUCAGUGCUUAUGGCCCAAAAGGGUCUGAUGGACCUUGAGAAGCGGCAGGGGGAACAGGACAGUUCUGCAGAGGAAGCUGAGCUGGACUCUCAGGUGCAGCAGCUGCAGCAGGAGCUGGAGCAGCUGCAGGAGGCCAAACAGCUGCUGCAGGCAGAACAGAACGACCUGCAGGAAACUGUUGAUCAGUUGAACAUGAGCAGGGACGACUUAGAAACAUCUGUAGCCAGUCUGAAGAGUGAAAAAGGCAAUGUGGAAAACCUAAGUAUUGAGCUGGAAGACCUGAAAACUCAGCUUGUGACAAAGGAUGAAGAAGUUAAUAAAGUAAAUGAGGAAAAGGAAGUUCUUACCCAGGAGUUAGAAACACUUGACCAUCAACAUGAAGAGGCCUUAGCACGUCUCAUUGAAAUCAGGAAUCAGCUGACAGAAAAACUGGAGGCAUCUGACACAAAGUUACGACAGACCAAAGAGGAAAAGGACAGUUUGGCUCUUGAGCUUUCAGAAUUGAAAGACCAAAACGAUAGAAACAUAGAGCUACAAGAAGAGGCAAAUCAUGAGAGAGACGAGUUACAACAGCAGAUGUGCCUUCAGAAAGAAGAGCUUGAAAACGUCAGGAAAGAGUUAGAAGAUGUACAAGUGAAGUAUAGAGACUACAGGGAGGAGACUGCAGAGUUGGAGGAUAAGGCUGGGGAACUGAACGAUAAGUUGGAACAGAUGGAGGUGGAGCUGGCAGCAUUACGGGAUGAGAGGUGUCAGAUGGAGGCAGACAACAGGCAGACAGUAACUCAGCUGGAGCAGGAAGUUCAAAAGUUACAAGAAAGUCUUGAAGAAGCAAGGCAGGCAGGAGAACAGGGGAAGGAGGAUGAAAUGCUCCAAGCACAAGUGGACGAAGAUGACAGUUUAUCAAGUUCUCCAUCGAGAGAAGAUGAGCUUAGGAGACAACUACAGGAGCUACAAGGAAAGAUAGAUGCACUCGGGAAAAGUGUGUUGGAGAAGGACACUCUUCUUGACGCACUGCGGGAGGAAAAAGAUAGUCUCCUGACUGAACUACACCAGGGGGAUAGGAAGCUGGUAGAGCAGAGCAGGCAGUAUGAGAAGGCAAUCCAGGAACUUACCAAGGCUAAGGACAACGAUGCAGGCACUCUGGAACAGGAGCAUGAAAAACUGGUCAAACUCUGUCAGGAGAGAGAAUUCACCAUCACAGAGCUGACAGCAAAAUGUGAGCAGUCAGGAGAUUAUGAGGACACCAAAGAAAUGCUGCAGUCCACUGUUGAUGGGCAGGAACAACUUGCUGACAUGUUGAAAGGCAAGGAUGCUGACAUUAGCAGCCUUAGGGAUUUAAACACCUCACUCAAAAUGGAACAGGAACAGUUGGAAAAAGUUGUAAAAGAAAAGGAUACAGUAAUUGAACAUUUAGAGGGACUUGAAGGACAGAUCACUAGAUUAAGAAAUGAAAACCUAAGUUUACAGGAUGAGCUGAAGCAAAAAAGUGCCUCACAAAGUACAGGAAGUACCCUUGACAUCAUUACUGAGUUGGAAUCUGAGAUCACAGAAUUAAACCAAAGGUUGUCAGAGCAGGAAGCUGAUAUUGGGGAAUUAAGUGAUAUCAUCACAGAAAAAGAUGUGACCAUCAGACAGCUAGAGGAAACAAUUGCCAUGCAAAAGGCAACCUUAGAGGAGUUUGAAAAUGUUGAAAAACAUCAAGACAAUGAGGUGUCAGACAUCUAUACAGGAUUGAAAGAGAAAGUGGAAGAGGUGGAAAGUAACCAUGUUUGUCAUUUAGAUGUAGAGGUCCAGACAGAGGAGGAAAAGGUGUCCAUAGAGCAGUCUUCAGAAAAGUUAAGGCCAUGUGAAGAGUGUGCAAAACAUUUGCAAUCUUUAGAGAGGGUUGAAGUGGAAAUUCAGAAACUCAGAAAAGAAAAUAUUUCCCUUACCUCACUGGUGGAACAGAAAACAAAGUUGGUUGCAAAUGAUAGGCUUAUAGGUGAAGACAAUAUGCAGGAUAAGAUGCAGGCUUUGGUCACAGAGAAAGAGCAGAUAUUGGGAGUACUCAAUGAGAAGAUGCGAGAAUGCAGCAGUUUGAAGGGAGAGAUUCACAGAUUGGUAGAUGAAGUCACUGCAGAUAGAGCUUCUAUAGCACAACUCAAUGAGCAGAAAAAGCUGUCUGAACAACUAGAGGGACCAAACAAGGACAUGAGUAAGGAGGCAAUUCAGAAUCUGUCCAGAAUUAUCAAUGAUAAAGACAUGGAAAUUGAAGCACUAAAGCAGAAGUCAGACACAUUGCUUCAAGUGUUGCAAGACAGUGGGGAACAGCAAGGGGGAGCCUCUACAGCCCAGUAUCACCAGGCUGUACAAGAGAGGGACAUGCUGCAUGUACAGGUCCAGGCCUUGUUGUCUGAAAGGCAGCAGUUGGCUACUGCCAUCAACACUCAGUACCAGGACAAUGUGCAACUCCAGGAAGUGGUCAGAACUGUUCAAACAGAGCUUGUCAAUGACAGCUAUAGCAACACUAACCUGCAGGUAGACUAUAACAACUUGGUUCUGCAGCUGGAAGAGAAACAAAAGGCUGUGAACACUUUGCAGGAAGAGGCUCUGAAAAUGAGACAGAUGCUGCAAGACAUUACCAAAGCCAAAGACAGACUCUUUGAAGAUAGAAAACAGACAAACUCCCUCGUAAAUGAUAAUCUCCAAGACUUAAAUGAGAGCAUUGAAUCCCAGGCAAAAUCUAUCGAGGAAAAAGACUUACGAAUCCAGGCCUUAACAGAAGAAGUUAAGACUGUUGCAGCAACUCUUGCGACGAGGGAAGGAGAGGUCACCUACCUGCAGGGACAGGUGCGUAGUCUGACCUCCCAGGUGCAGUCUCUGCAGGUGGAACUCAGAACACUGCAGGAGGAGAGUGACAGGAACUACACAGGGACUAACGACAAGGACACAGAGGCACAGACGCGGCUGGAGGUCAACAAGAAGCUGACUGCAUUACUGCAGGAGAAGGAGCUGGAGAAUACAGGGCUGAGUGAGAGGGUGGGAGUUCUGGAGAGGUUGGUGAAGGAACAUGCUCAGGGGGCCUCACAUGCACAGACUCUCAUGACUGAGGCUGAAGACAAGCAAAAACAGAUCAGUUCAUUGUUGGAGACCAAGAGGCGACUGGAGGGUGAAGUGGGGAGACUCAGGGAACACCUGCUGCAGGUAGAAGAUGGGUACACACAAGAGGCUCUACUUGCCGAGGAGAGAGAGAAGGACCUGAGAAACAGACUGGCUAUUGCUGAGGAGAAAGUCUUUUCAUCUUCCAGUGCUGCAGAAAGUGCAAACCUGCAGGCCAGUGCCCAGGUGGAGGACCUGCUGGGACAGAUCCGUGCGCUGACAGCCCAGCGAGACACAGCCAACCUGCAGCUGUCCCAGGCACAGGAACAGAUCCAGCAGUACGCGCUGUCCCUCAGUAACCUGCAGGUCGUCAUGGAGAGGUUCCAGCAAGAAGAGAAGGCCAUGUAUGCAUCUGAGUUAGAGAAGUACAGGAAAGAUGCUGAGCUGGCCAGAGGACAGCUGGAACAGUUGGUCAGCAGGAGUGCAAGCUUGCAGAAGGAACUGGAUGAAGCAAAGGAGGCCUUGGAGGGUGCAGCUCGAUUGACAGAACAGAUGGACAGGAAGGAAGAACAGAUCACAGCUCUACAGCACGAAGUUGAUGAGCGAGACCACACGAUAGAGGAGUACCAGCAUAGGUUAGAUCAGCUGGCAUCCAGCAAUGAGGCAAGCGUUGAAAAGCUUCUAGUGAAGAACCUGUUCAUGGGGUACUUCAUGGCACCACCCAACAAGAAAGCAGAUGUCCUCAAGCUGAUAGGAAGUGUCCUGUCCUUCAACAUGGAGGAAAUGGAGAAGGUGGGAGCAGUGCCCAGGAAAGGAUGGCUGACAGGAUGGUGGGGGAGUGAAGGAGGACACCUCUCCUACCCAGCAUCCUCCAGCAUCUCCAUCAGCAGUCAGGGCUGGCACCUCUCAGUUGGACUCUGUAAGUAUCUGGCCUUCUUCUAUCACAAUUCCUUUACUCAGAUGUUUGUGAAGUUUCUGGAGACUGAGUCCACCCCGACGCUCCAGCCCAGACUGCCUGCUGAGGAGAUGGCACGAGAACAGCAGCAGAGGAGGAAAGUGGGGAAUGAAGGACUGGCGUUCAAUCCGUUCACUGCACCAUUACGGUCCUCAGCUGCACCUGCUGCACCAGCAGGCCCCGGGGAUGCCCAUCCCCUGAUGAAGACAGUGCCUGUCCCAAUGUUGACUUCUGCCCCUCUGCUGGUGCCUGAGCCAAGCACUGCAAUAAACACUGUACAGGGUACCACCUCCAAGAACAGUGACAAUGUUCUCAGGGAAAUUCUACAGCAAUGAAUGCUCCUGCUUCUGAGAAAGUUUCUCCUCUACAUUGUCAUUGGGUAUGAACUAUUACUGGUGUGAAGUAAGAGACAUCUCAUCAGUUUGGUUCAAGUUGUUCUGAUAAUGGAAUUGUCAGUUAUCUUUUAAGAGCUACAUUAAAAUGUAGCUUUAGAUUCAAUCCCUAUCUCAGUGUUCGACUUGAUUCUUUAGGUACCUGAUAAUUGAAAUUUAUAUGUGA